AUGGGCAGCCAAGCUGAGGAGGGGGGGGUGGGGACCCUGGGCUUGUCCACUGGUCAGGCUCUGGGAACACUGAGGGACCAGCUCACCACCCUGCUUGACCAGCACCAGACCACAGGCCGUGGCAAACAACCCACUGCACAGGAGCAGUGGGUGAAAAGCUUCCUUCACCAUGGCAACCGCCACUCCUGUCUCCAUUGGCCGGGAGCCGCCCUCACACUGCUGGUGGUGGUGGGACUUCUCUGUUGUUAUGGCGACCAGCCGCAAGGCAGUUCUGGGAUAGAGUUGGUGAACGCUGCAGCCCUCCUCAUGCUCUUCACGCUGAGCUUCCUGCUGAUUGGUCGACAGCAGAGGCUGAGGAGAACUGAGAUGGUGCACCGGCUCAACAGCAUCAUCAAUCAGCUCAACGGCUACCUGUCGGACUGGGCAGAUUUGGGUGAGGGGAUGAGGUGGUCUCCCUCCCUUUACCCUGACCUGUACACCCCCUCCUCCCCCUCCUGGUCGCUCCACUGGGCCUACCGCGACUCCAACCUGGUCAACCUGCCUGUGUCCCUACUGGUGGAGGGAGACGUCAUAGCACUACGGCCAGGACAGGAGACAUUCGCUUCUCUCAGAGGCAUCAAUGAUGACGAUCAUAUAGUUCUGGAGCCAGGUGACAUGUUCCCACCUCGUUCCCCCCCUCCCUCCCCCCGGGGGGACCAGAAGAGGGGUCCCCAGAGCCCCCAGCAGCACCGCCUCUUCAGGGUGGUCCGCACGCCCAUCCUCGACAGCGUCAGGAACAGUCUGGACCUGGCUCUGUCUCGACCAAUCACAGCCCUGGAUAACGAGAGGUUCACCGUUCAGUCCAUCAUGGCCAAGUUCGCCUGCCCUAUUGUACUGGUGGCGUUCUUGGUUGUGAAUACUGUGCGUUAUUUCUUUGACGCCCCUAGCCUCACUCCUGGACGCUUCAACUUCAUCCAGCUGCAGCUGAUGGGAGUGCUGCCCAUCCUUCCCCUGCUGUUUCCUGUCAUGUGGGUGCUGGUCAACACCUAUGGAGAGGCUAGCGUCCUGGCUGAGUCCAGCAGAGCUUCUCCUACUGGCCUGGAGAUUCUGCGGUGUGUGUGGAGACACCUGGUGGGUGUGCUAAAGGGAGAAUCACAGACACUCUGCUAUACUUCCAGCCUGCUACACACACUUGGCUCUGUCACUGUGUUGUGUUGUGUGGAUAAACGGGGUGUAUUAUCCUGGCCUAACCCCAGUCCAGAGACGGUGCUGUUCUUUAGUGGUCGCGUGGAGCCGCCUCACAACGACAGUCAAGAAGACCUGCGAGACGACCUCUCUGUCAACUCCGAGGACCGGGACGAGACACAGGAGAGGGAGGCUCUGCUGUGUAUGCCAAUGAUGGAUGGGUAUGAGCCCAGCGAGACGUCACAUGACACUGGCUGUUCGCAAGCACGGGAGACACACACACGCACCAAACACCCCUCAGGAUCUAAUGUCAGCUUCAGCCACGACACAGAUGGAGGGGAUCAGGGCCCUGAACAGGAUAUGUUGGGUUGCUAUGACAGCGAAGCGGAGGACUACGUGUGUGACUACCACCUGGAGAUGUUGAGUCUGUCUCAGGACCAGCAGAACCCGGUGAGUAUCCAGUUUGACGAGCAGGGCUGGCAGUGCCACCUGCCCAGCCUCAAGCCCCUGGGCCUCAACAUCCUGCUCAACCUGUGCAACGCCAGCGUCACCCAGCAGCUCUGCCGCUUCUCCGACCACCUCAGUAACCUGGCGCUGCAGGAGAGCCACGGGGCCGUGCUGCCCGUCCACGUGCCCUGGGGACUGUGUGAGCUCUCCAGGCUUAUAGGGUUCACUCCCGGGGCGAGGGAGCUGUUUAAACAGGAGAACCACCUAGCUCUGUACCAGCUGCCCUGUGGGGAGAAGGCCAAGGAGUCUGUCCCUCGACGCCAACAUAACUUUACCAAGAGACAACCUCCCAUCAGCCACCUCAUCUCCCUCUUCAUCAGAGACUCCUCUUCCAAUAACGUCCAGAUGUUGUCUCACGGCUCAGCUGACCUCAUCCUGGAGGCCUGCACUGAUGUCUGGGACGGAACCGACAUCUACCCCCUCUCUGGCUCCGACAGGAAGAAGGUUCUGGACUUCUACCAGCGGGCCUGUCUGUCGGGAUACUGCUCUGCUUUUGCCUACAAGCCCAUGCAGGUGUCUCUGUCCAACCAGCUCAAUGGGAAAUGUGUGGAGCUAGCCCCGGGACCCAACCUCUUCUCUGGGGUAGAAUUGCCCUCCACCACCCCUAUCAAACAUGUCUCCCGCAGGAACUCCUGGAGCUCUGAUGAGGGUAUAGGAGGUGUGGAGAAGGACGACUGUGUUCAGGCUCUGAGUGGUCAGAUCUUCAUGGGAAUGGUGUCAUCCCAGUUCCAGGCUCGUCUGGACACCGUCAGGCUCAUAGACGCUCUGGUCACCGCCUGCAUACGCUUUGUCUACUUCUCUAUGGAGGACGAACUACGCAGCAAGGUGUUUGCAGAGAAGAUGGGCCUGGAGACAGGGUGGAACUGUCACAUCUCUCUGACCCCAAACAGAGACAGUCCCUGUGACGGUGCCCCCAACAGCCCCGGCCAGUACUCCGUACACGAUGAACAUCAAGACUCCAGAGAUGAGGCAGAGGGGCUGCUGUUACCAGAGGAGGAGACCACUGAUGUCCCCAGCUUCCUGGAGGACUGCAACAGGGCGAAGCUACCUCGUGGUAUCCACCAGGUUCGUCCUCACCUGAAGAACAUUGACAACGUGCCUCUGUUGGUGCCCCUCUUCACCGACUGUACCCCAGAGACCAUGUGUGAGAUGAUCAAGAUCAUGCAGGAGAACAGAGAAGUGACGUGCUGCCUGGGGAGCUCUGCUAACUUCCGCAACAGCUGCCUCUUUCUACAGAGUGACCUCAGCAUCGCCCUGGACCCCCUGUACCCGUCGCGGUGUUCGUGGGAGACGUUUGGCUACGCUACAGGAGCAGGGCUGAACGGGGAGGUGGAGGGUCUGUCUCCUCUCAGUCUGUCUGGUCAACUCAACACCCUGGCCUGUUCUGUCACCUUCCACCAGGGGGAGUCGGUCAGCAUGGUCAAACUCAUAGAACAGGCACGUCACACCACCUACAGCAUCCGCAAGAGCUUCUUGUUCCUGUUGCAGUGUCAGCUGACCCUGGUCCUCAUCCAGUUUCUGGCCUGCCUAGCCCAGCUCCCUCCUCCUAUGAACAUCACUGACAUCCUGUGGCUGUCCUGCUUCAGCUGUCCAUUGCUCAGUGUGUCAUUCUUAGGAAAGCCACCAGACAGUUCUGUGAUGAACGUAGCCACAGGGAAGAACCAAGAUGCCAUCCCCAGAAAGACGCAGACCUACUUCCUGGGUUGUUUCCUGCUGAAGUUUGGCCUGACCGUGUGUGCCUACCUGCUAGGCUUUGGCUUUACGCUGCACGAGGUCUGCCUGAGGACCAACAACCUGACCCUGGCAGAGAACACCACCAUCAACUGUACUGAUAUCCUCAGUGUCAGUUCAGCUCGGGACGCUCCCCAUUGGUUCAGAGAGCUGUCCAAUGGCCUGCUGCUCACUCAGAAGGUCAUGGCUGGGUUCCUGGCCCUGCACACCGUCGUCAUCUCGCUAAGUUACGUCCAUCGCUCCCAGCCUCUGUGGAAGAAGAACCCUUUCAGCAACACCUGGUGGUGCCUCACUGUCCUUGUAGUUCUGUUGGGUCAGAUGGUACAGGCCACGGUGGACUACAAGCUGUGGCAGGACAGGUCGGGUUCUUUGACCUUUGGCCUGAAGGACAUCCCCAUGCUGGCCUGGCUGUUGGUCUCCCUGUCCUGCCUGGUGGUGGUGCUGCUCAACGAGGCCGUCAAACUACACGAGAUACGGGUGAGGGUUCGCUACCAGAAGAGACAGAAGCUACAGUUUGAGACUAAACUAGGGAUGAACUCUCCCUUCUGAUUGACAAUUAACAGAGGGGCGUGGCAAUGCAUGCUGUGAACCAAUCAGCCCUUGGGGAAAAGAUGAGGCACCAGAAUCUGGAGGAGGUCGAAGUUGGAUCUAACCACUGGCACAGGGUCAGAUGGUUCUCAUCCCUCUGUUUGUUAGGAUUGGAGAAAGGGUUAUCUGAUUCUAGAUCUGUGGUUUAGGGGAACUUCUACCUUAAACCCAGAAUCAAACUCCUCGAGUGCCCAUUGACUUGAACCCAGGAUCACUCAAUCCACCUCAGCCCGAAAGCACUUUGCCUAGCAGGUCCUCCAAACCGCUACACGUGCUGGGUGGUCUAACACUGCGAAAAUCCAAUCUUUUUUAUUUUUUAGAUUUAAAUUAAAUUGUAUCAUUGUUAUGUUAAAAAAAAAGGAAAAUCCCAAAGAAUGUUUCCUUUUUUGCUUUUAAAAGAAAGACAGCAAAGAAAUGUGAAUAAUUUAUUAUAUAGUGGAAUGUUUUUUUUAAACGCAUGGGGAAUGUUUUACUGUAUCCCCUACUUGAGUUUAGGGGUAUUUUCUCCUAGUCACUGGUCUCUGAUACUGGCUCACAUGGGGAUUAUCACACUUUAUCACACUUCAGCAUGUCUCCCCCUUUCACAUGAAUCCCAAUACCAUAGUAGAGUACAAUAGCCUUCACCUUGAAUGUAGUCCGUCAUUACAGCCACUUGCUGCUGUAUAUCUGAACGCCAAGCAGUGAUAAACGGAAAGGAGAGCUGUAUCUAGUAACAUGGCCCAGAUCCUGGUCUGGGACAAUGUCCUGGUCCUAAAUCUGUCAAAUAAUUGGCAUUGAUAGACCUGAAAAGCUGCCAUCAGUCUGGAGUCCACAAUGUAGUGCUAACCCUGUGCAUUCACGUGAAGCAGUUUCGGAAAGGUUCUGUUGACCAUACUAAGGAUUUCUACUAAGGCUACUCUUUAUAGCCCAGCCUUCUAGCCAUAUAAUGAACGUGGCAUGUUCUUAACCAGGAUCCAAGAAUAUCCCUUGCGAUUUUCCUUCCGAACAAAUGUUUCCUUUGUUUCACCCACACGAUCCGACUCCCGAGCUAAGCCAAGGGCAAUCCUGCUCUAAUGCAAUAAGUAAUGAAGAUUAAUUUAAUUUACUAUAAACAAGUAAAACCGAAUUUGUCUCUUUCUAGGUAAAUUGUAUUUUGAAGAAUGUGCUAGCCUGCCACUUUGAAACUCAUGUACUGUAAGAAAGGGAUUUGUUUAAUAAUCAUCAAUCAUCUGGUUUGAUCCUUGUGUACAUACUGUUUUUCCCACCAGAGUUCUACUGAGGGACUGUGGUCUACUCCAGCUGAUAAGGUUUUGUCAGUGGUGUUCUAGAUUAGAAUAGCCUCUAGAGUUCUAGAGCAUCCCAGGGUAUUCUGAAGGUGCUUCAUGUCAUCCAGUUGUCGUUUUACUAGCCUGUGUGCUUGUUUCUGCAUUCGACAACAAUGCACAAGCUGACUAGGUCCGCGAUUCAAUCCGAUCACGCUUGUAGACAGUGCUGCUUUCAAAGGCAAUGGUACCGCGUUCGUGGAGAUCCCAUUUAAGGUUAAAGCUGCAGAUCUCGGCUCAAUUGGAAAUGACCUAUGUCAAGCGCUUUGAAUGGUGGUUUCGGAUUGAAUCCCGGCCUAAAAGCUGAAUUACUGAGACCCACCAGGCUACCUGUCUGUGUUGGGUGAUCAUAUCAGUAGACCCAUUUGAACUCUACAAAUGAUGACAAUCUACAGAUUGAUCAGCCACAGCUGUUCUAUUUUCAUUUUUGUUGUAUCUUAUUUUUACAGCUUGAUGUGUUGAUCUUCUUAUCCUUGUUUCCCAAAUGGCACCCUAUGCACUUCGGUCUGGAGUUUUCCCCCGGUUGUAUCACGUGGUCAGAGAGAACUCCUGUGCCCCAGUCAAACUGUAUACAUUUGAUCAUGCGUGCGCCACACCUCUCGACUUCUCACCACGUGCUCUGGUAUUGUUUACCCCUCUCUGUUUUGAAUGCGGGCUACAAUGCUCAUGUGUUAUAUUGACUAGGAGUCGGGGCAGGGCCCAAGAUGGCAUAAAAACAUGGUGCCUACCUUUUUAGAUUAACACCUCAGGAUCGGGCCUCGCACACUUGUGGUCUUCAUAGGCUCCCUUUGGUUGGAGCGUACUUUUAAGUACACUAUUUCAUAGAAGAGUUGGUAGUUGCAUGGUCUGCUAGAUCUGUGUGUGAGGUAGAUAUAAUGUAAAAGCACUGAACUACUCAGAGUUCCUUAUUGAAUGAACAAUGUAGCGAUCUUAAGAGGGAAAACAGACUGAAGAUGUUGAUUUUUAUACCGUAGAAUGCAUCCACACAUUGCACAUAAAUACAUUUCAAUCCAUUAUUUUUUUUUAAUGUAUUUCCCAUAUAUAUGUCUGGACACACCUACUCAUUCAAGGGGUUUCUUUAUUUGUACUAUGUUCUACAUU